GAGAGACAGAGAGUGAGAGAGUAGGACAGCCAGACUUUGUGUGCAUCAUCUGUGUGUAUGUGUGUGUCUGCGUGUGUGCAGUUGGGGAGGGAGGAAGGAGGGGUGUAUCCUAGCGAGGAGCUUUUCCCUGUUGUAGUAACCAACCACACGCCGACUGCCAGCCAUUACUUCACUGCAGCAGCAGCAGCAAUCAGCCCCUCUGUACUUAGUGAGCCAGACACACUAACCUGUCUGUCCCCUCCUCUUUUCUCCCUCUCUCUGCAUAUUCAGCAGAGCUGCCCUCCUCUCCUCCUCAUCACUCUGCCACUCCUGCGGCGUUGCUCUUUGCUUGAAGGGGACACUGGCCUGCUCCUCACCUACUGAUUCUGCAUGACUGUCACAAAGAUGUCAUGGCGUCCGACCUACCGAAGCUCCAAGUUUCGAAAUGUCUACGGAAAAGUGGGCAACCGGGAGAACUGCUUCGACGGUAUCCCCAUCACCAAGAACGUCCAUGACAACCACUUCUGUGCCGUCAACUCCAAGUUCGUGGCGGUCGUCACAGAGAGUUCCGGCGGGGGUUCUUUCAUUGUUAUACCUGUAUCCCAGUCUGGCCGCCUGGAGUCUCAUUACCCAAAGGUUUGUGGCCACCAAGGCAAUGUGCUGGAUAUCAAGUGGAAUCCCUUCUUUGAAAACAUCAUAGCAUCCUGCUCUGAGGACACCUCCGUGCGAGUAUGGGAGAUCCCAGAGGGUGGUCUGAGGCGCAACAUGACGGAGGCGGUGCUGGAGCUGUACGGCCACAGCAGACGGGUGGGGCUGAUCGAGUGGCACCCCACCAGCAGCGGCAUACUCUUCAGUGCUGGCUACGACUACAAGAUCCUGAUCUGGAACCUGGAAAUCGGAGAGCCGGUGAAAAUGAUCGACUGCCACACUGACGUCAUCCUCAGCAUGUCCUUCAACACAGACGGCAGUCUGCUGGCCACCAGCUGCAAAGACAAGAAGCUGCGUGUCAUUGAGCCUCGCUCCGGGGGAGUCCUUCAGCAAGCCAGUUGUAAGAACCACCGUGUAAACCGAGUGGUGUUCCUGGGCAACAUGAAGCGACUGCUCACCACGGGGGUUUCUCGCUGGAACACCCGGCAGAUCGCUCUCUGGGAUCAGGAGGAUUUGUCCAUGCCAAUUGUGGAGGAGGACAUAGACGGCCUCUCAGGACUGUUGUUUCCCUUCUACGAUGCUGACACACACAUGUUGUACCUGGCAGGAAAGGGGGACGGCAACAUCCGUUACUUUGAGAUUACCACAGAGAAGCCGUAUUUACAAUACCUAAUGGAGUUCCGGUCCCCAGCGCCACAGAAAGGACUAGGUGUGAUGCCAAAGCACGGGCUGGAUGUGGGAGCUUGCGAGGUGUACCGCUUCUAUAAGCUAGUCACCCUGAAGGGUUUGAUUGAGCCCAUUUCAAUGAUUGUGCCAAGAAGGUCAGACACAUACCAAGAGGACAUCUACCCCAUGACAGCAGGAACAGAACCUGCACUGUCCGCCAGUGAAUGGCUGAGCGGCAUUAAUAGAGACCCAGUCUUGAUGUCCCUGAAGGACGGUUACCACCGACCAAACCAGUUAGUAUUCAAGGCCCCAGUGAAGGAGAAGAAGAGUGUGGUGGUGAAUGGGAUCGACCUGCUGGAGAACGUACCGCCCAGGACAGAGAACGAGCUCCUGCGGAUGUUCUUCCGGCAGCAGGAUGAGUUGCGGCGGCUGAAGGAGGAGCUGACCACCAAGGACGUGCGAAUACGCCAGCUGGAGCUGGAGCUCAACAACCUGAAGAACGUUAGCCCCAACAACGUCUGACCUCUCAGCCUCCUGGACUGGCAAAGCUGCUUCCUUUGCCCCCACUUCUGACCUCCGACAAGCUUCUGAGCCCUCCCGCCCCCUCUUUUUUGAUAUAUCACUCUAAAUCAUAACUUCAAUCCUGCUGCCCUGCAUAGUGCACACAAUAAUAUGAUAACUGUUGGAUAAUGUCUUAACUGGUGCAAUUACUGGAAUAUUGUAAUAAUGACAAAUAUGAUAAGUAACAGAGGCGAGGCAGUGUUCAUAGAUUUUCACCUUGACAUGGGAGGGAAGGUUUCAGAUUCAAUCAUUUGAGGUAUUAUCUCUGUUUUUACAGCUUAAUAUUCUUGAUCUGGCACACUUGCAAGUGUUAUGAUCAAUUAUUGCAUAUUUUCUGCCAGACUUCCUGUGUGUUUGUCUCUCUAUGCCUACCGUCAUCGUUCACGUGGCAAUACAUUGAUCACCAUGCAAAGGAGCCCCUUCAGUCAUCCUCCUGUAAUGACCAAACCAUCAUCUAGUUCUCAUUUUUUGCUGAGGCAAAACUGGAGGAUAAAAAAGACUGUCACUGGCUCCUAUUUUUCUUCCCCAAGGCCUUAGACGCUGCUGCAGACACAGAUUGCAGCGAGCUGCAGCAUCCUCUCAAAAUGGCUGACGUGAAGUGGUUUUGCAACUGACAGACGAGACGAGCUUUUGCAGACAUGGAUCGUGUUUUCCACAGAGCUGCUUUCCCGUAGCGUCUUUUCUCACCUAUGAAUGUUGGCUGUAAAUUUACUUCACAAUACUGACAUAUAGCUACACAAAUGCAGUCUUUCUUCCCAAGGAAAGUGAAUAGUUCACUCACUUAAGGUAUUCUCUCUAUAUCUUUAUUUAAAUAGUGGGAAAGCAGCAGGGGAGACAAGGAUCCAGGACUACUUGACUAUAAUCUGAAGGGAAGCUUUGCUGGCUGUUAUUGGUUUUUAGGGCUAAUUUUGAGGAUGAGGGUUAAUGUAUAUAUAUGCUUCUAUUUAUUUGUCACAUUUUACCUUUUUAGCAAAUAACAUGUAAAUUUGUUAAUCCCAUUGGUUUUGUAUGAUGUGGUUGCGCAAGUAAUGAUUGUGAAGCUUGAUAGAUUUUGCUGAUUGUUUCUGGUUGGAACGGUGCAAGAUUUGUUGAAACUGUACCUUAAAUGGUAUUAGUUCAACUCCAACAACAUAACUUCAGAUGAGUUAUAAAAAAUGUAUUCUUGCCUAUUCCUAGCAGUGCAGAUAAACUGUAAUAACCAUCCUUUUACAUUUAAACUAAGUAUAUCACUAUUACUGAGAUGUGUUUACCUGUAGAUGUGUGAUUUUGCUCUGGAGACUUCAGGUUAUCUAACUCUCCUUCUCCACUUGUACCAUCAACAGACUUAGGCUAAAUUGCAGUUUAAAUGUUUCUGUUUAACUAUGUAAUAGUCUGCCGUCUGAAAUCUAAGAGAAGUGGGCACUAGAUUAACAUGUUCAAGUAGUUACCUAAAAGAUUCUGCUAAACAUGCCAUGUGUUCCUUAAUCCAGGCCCAAUCACAUUUAUCCUCGUCUUAUUAGCGAUUGCGCUCUUGGUGGACUAUGAAAAGGAAAAAGAUGAAUAGGCUGCACGCAUAGCAAGAAUGAAAUUUGUACCCCGAGUUAAGUAAAAAGUAAGUUAAGGCUAAAGGUCAUAAGUCUUCCCUGAUCACAUCAUACCAGGGACAUAAAGGGUCCAAAGCUUUAUAGUUUCAGUCGAAACAAACAAAACAUAUGAACCCUUUUAAAGGUAGACUUGAGCCACUGAUCACGUUAAUGGUAAAUGUGUAUGUUUCUAAAAGGCUACAGUGAAAGUAGACAGUGGUAAAAGGAUUUACCAGAGACAGAUGAGCUACUGUGGAGGAAGGUGAAGUUUCAGCUGGAGUAAUGCUAUGUUACUGUUAUGUUACUAAAAUCAACCACUUAACUGUCAGAAAGGCCUUUAUGCUUCUAUAAUGACAAACUACCAAGCCUUACCUAUGGCAGUUCCCUUGAAUUCGUUUGGCACUGAACUUGAACUUUAUAACCUUUUUGGCUUAGUUUGGUCUUUUAUCACAUUUCAAUCUUGCAUCAGUGAAGCCAUCUAUAGCUGAUGACCUAUAACUGGAACUCAGCACUUUACCAUUGGACUUGAAAAUGUCGUACAAGGACCACAACAAAUCAAAACAUAUAUAAAAGGGAUUUAUUGAAGUGAAUGGGAGGGAAAAAGAAACAAUUUGGCUGAUGACAGUGGAUUUAACAGAGUGAAAAAUCACUGAGGUAGGCCAAUUUGACCAUUACGUAUAAUCGUGAAAGUCCAAAAUAACUGAGCGUUUUCCAGAGUUUACACUUUGAAACAAUACAUUUUCAAUGCACAUAAGUUGCGGUUGUAACCUCCAUUUAUAUCAAGUACUUCUAUACACUACCACCACAAAUUCAAACAUUGCCACCUGUGUGUCACAGAAAAAGAACAUGGAGAAAAGCGAUAAUGAGUUCUGAUGUUGAACAUUUCUCUUUAUGGAAAGAUUAUGCAUACAAAGUUAUGUUCAAAUUCAAGAAAUUUCACACUGCGUAUUUUAGAUAAAGCAGCAUACAUAUUUAAUAUCUUAUUACAAUUCAUAGUUUCACCUCAGUUGUCUGUUCAAUGUCUGCCGUCAUCAAAGAGAAUACAAAAAAAUAGAUUUGGUCAUUAUUUACAAGAACACGUAAUUUCCGAACUAUCAAAGCUGAGGGUUUAAGGAGGAGGAGCAGCUUUGACAAGGGCAGACAUUUUUUUGCUAUGAUUUAAAAAUAUGCCCUGUGAGGGUCACACUGUGCAUGUUCAGACAGAAGUUUCACACCAGGACAGCAGAGAGUAUUGGCAUACUGGUGACACUACAAAUACAUAACUUACAUUUAAAAAAAAAAAAAUGAAAGAAAAAAAAAA